GGAUCUGCUACCGUGGAACGUGAACAUGAUUGCACGCCUCGUCGCAGCUCACUCCCAAGAAACUCCUGGCAGUCUCCUGGGUCCAAUUUUGAACUGGUCAUGCUUCGUGUGGAGACGGCGACAGCGACAGCGGGUAACAUACGUAGGGUUCCAAUAGGGUUUUGGGAGAGACGACAUUUGGAAUGAUACAUGUAGGCCCCUGUGAACUGGGUACAUUAACCUUGCUCUGGUUGGCUGGCGCUGUGGCGGCAUGAUGGCCGAGGACAUCUCACCGCUUGUCUCGAUAAAAAUAACAUAUAUUCCAGUACACUGUCUACAGAUAUUCACAGUCUCAUAUAUAUUUUAUGGUUGUAUCUCACCAUAUUAUCACCUUACCCCCUCCUCCUUCCCUUGUGCCACCAUGACCCGCCCCUUUAAGCCACCCCCGCUUGCUAGGGAUACUACUGGAUUCCGAUGCAACUCACUCCGCGCGUAUGCAUGGAAACAAUGGACAAUGUUUGAGGCCACUUUUGCCAUAUGUGGUCUCGAGCCUUGGGAGAAACUUGUCUUUGGUGAGUACUGCACGCUCGAGCUCGAAGCACUCUUGACGGAUAUGAGUACAGUGAUCGUCAUGUCUUUGCUCACUUUCCUAUUCUUCACUGGCCUGUCUCGGGUGAUACCCAGUCAAUUGAUCUCACUACUACCUCGGACUGCAUACUACCUCUGGGGCGAUGAGCGGGUACUGAAUCACUGGAUGGACCAUGCUGCAGCCAGCGUGAGGGAACUAUAGGGUUUGGAUGGACGUGGGUAUGCUUUACGUUGUCUAUAUUGAGAUAUCUUCAAGCUUGAUUGAAGGACAUUGUCGACGUUCAUCUGUAUUAUGUGUCUCGUACUUUCUUAUGCCACCAUUCUGCGCAUGUAUAUGGUUAACUCAAUUUCUUUG